GCAAUAAAUAGCAUAUUUAAAUUUGUAUUCCUACUUUUUGCAGCAACCUCAGUUGAUUCCAAUCGAACAUAAUGCAACAAUUAUGGACUUAAAAAAGAAGCUGGAAGUUGUUAUGGGACUUCCUCUAGCCCGUCUAGGAUUACAAAGUUUUGACAGAACUCUUGGAGAUAAUCAAUAUCUUUCCAGUUUAUUACGUGUCAAGGGACCACAAGAUUCGUCGACAAACAAAAUUAAUGGUACAGCGUUCUCCCUAUUCGAAAAUGGGUCUUUCGUGUCUUUCCUUCAGUUCUAUAGCAAUGCAGAGGGAAACGAGCAACAAAAUUUUCUAAACUUGUCCAAUUGUGUACAGUUAAUGCCCGUUGAUCGCAUGCCACAAUUUUGCGAGGCGUCCGAUUCGGAGGAUUCCUCAAUAUCAAGCUCGUCAGACAAGACGAACACUAGUUUCGAAUCUGCUAGCACAAGUGCUAGUUCAAGAGGGCGAAAAAGGAGAGCAAAUGCUUCCGAUGAGGAAUCCGUAGCGAAGAGGAUAAGGAGCACAACAUCGAAUGUCGUCAAGGUUAUACCACAGAGCCUUUUGUCCAAUAACUGCGACGGUGAUAGCAUCACGUCCAUAUACAAAUCUAAGAUUCAGAUGGAUAUGACCGUAUGUAAAAGGGAACCCACUACCGACAUUGCGAAUGAAAAUAGUUAUGCCUGUAAUGUGGAUUGCCAGAAUAAACAGAAGGAUUGCUGCCAGCAACAAACAUGUGGAAAACGAGACAAAAGUCCGCCUUAUGCCAAGACAAUGCCGGAAAAUCGUCGUUACAGUUUGGUUAUUAGUAAUUUGGAUCCAAACUCAAAUGACGUGGAUUUCCAAGCUCUAAUGGUUCACUUUUUUAAACUGUUUGAGAGCUUGGGCUUACAAAAGCUGAGUUUUAGUGAAUCUACAUCAAUAACCAGAUUUUGUUCUAAGAUUUUAAUCUCUUGUGAAGACAAAGAUACCACUGAUUGGGUUAUAAGGGCAGUGGAUGGUGUCAUUCCACCACAUUCGUGCGAACCCUUCAUCAAGUUCUUUAAAUUGAUAAGAUGCUCAUUCGUGCUUCCUAUUAUUAUUCCUGAUAAGCCCCUUUGUGCCAUUUUCGAUUUGAUCGAAAAGCAAAACUCCAGCUUGAAUACAGACAAAUGGAGCGUUAUCGGACGUAGUGCCUUAGAUUCAUGUGACAAAAGCGACAGGAUCGUUACAGUUUUGUGCGAUAAUGAGGUUAUUGAUCUGUAUAUAGACAAUGAAAGCCGGGAUUUGAUAACUCAGAACUGCCAUAAAUUAAAGUACUGUUUUUGGCAGUUGAAGUUCAAUUUUGACUGUUAAUUAUGGAAAUUUACACGAUAUGUUUUUACUGUUAUUUCUGAAAGUUAUUAGUUACCAUUUUAUUUACAUGAAUAAGAGACUAAUUUAUUGAAUUUUUAGAAUGAAGGCGUUGAAUUGUAUAUAAAAAUUAAUUGUUAAAGAAUUUCUUUGAAAAUACCCAAAUAAACUGAUGAAGAAAUAUUUAUAAAGCGUUACAUGAGUAUCAUGUUAGCAGUUAUGUAUAAAGGUUAAUACUUAAAGGAAUAACAAGAGGGAGUAAAAUAAUAGAAACA